GCUACUAGAGAGCCCCGUGGACUCUCUCCGGGCUGGGUUCACACAGAACGGCGAAGGCGAGACGGGAGAGAUAGCCCGGGGUCUGUGGAAGCGGCGGCUGCGGUGGUGCUGGUGGUGCUGGUGGCGUUAAGAUCUCUACACUACAUCCCACCCACCCCCUACUCACUCCUCUCCUGCGCCUCGCUCAUUCAGCUCCACUGCUGCGCGGAUGAUCUUGGCCCGUCCGCGGCGGUGGUGCUGAAUUAACGAGGCACUCGUUCGGGUUGUCUCGCUUGUGAAGACGGCAAUCGACGGGCGUUGCAUUGCGAGCUGUUAGGUUGGGUUUUUUUUUCUUCGGUCGGUAGACGAGAGAGCGUAGUAGCAUAGCGAUACCUUUAAAUAUCCGCGCACGCACGCCACGUGAAAAAUUGAUUUUUUUUUCUCAAAAUAAACCAUGGGCUCCGAUAAUUGCAUGAAAGGCUUUUGGAAGCGCAAUUGGCUUCUGUUCAGCACCGUUGCCGCCGUUGUAUUGGGCAUCGGCACGGGACUGCUGCUGCGGGAAUUCGCCAACUUCAACAGCCUGGAUAUCGUGUAUUUCUCCUUCCCGGGUGAUGUGCUCAUGCGGAUGCUCAAGCUCAUCAUCCUGCCGCUCAUCGUGUCCAGCAUGAUCACAGGAUUGGCGUCUCUGGAUUCCAAUGUUUCAGGGAAGAUUGGUGGUCUCGCGGUGGCUUACUACCUGAGUACCACCGUCCUGGCUGUCCUAUUGGGGAUCGCUCUGGUGCUGCUCAUCAAGCCCGGCGUGUCGCAGAGCACCGACGAGAUCGACCGCACCGGCUCGACCCCCAACGCCACCACGGUGGACACCCUGCUCGACCUCGUCAGGAAUAUGUUUCCAGAGAACUUGGUGCAGGCCUGCUUUCAGCAGUACAGGACGCGGCGCUCGGAGAUCGACCCCCAGGUGGUGAUCGUCAACUCGACGGCGUCGCCCGUGACCACCACCCUCUCCAUGGCGCUCUCCACGCUCGCCGAGCAACUUGGCCAGAAUCUGACGGUGGUCAAGGAGUACCGUCUGAAUGGCGAAUAUUCCUCGGGCAUCAACGUGCUGGGCCUCAUCGUGUUCUGCGUGGCGUUCGGCUCCGUGAUUCGCCGAAUGGGCCCCAGCGGGGAGAUCCUGGCCGCCUUCUUCGACGCGCUCAAUGAAGCGACGAUGCGAAUUGUCGCCAUCAUCAUGUGGUACAUGCCCAUCGGGAUCUUCUUCCUGGUUGCCGGAAAAAUUAUGGAAGUGGACGACUGGGAAAUCUUCCGAAAGCUCGGCCUCUACAUGGCGACGGUGCUGUCUGGCCUGGCGAUUCACAGCCUCGUCGUUCUGCCUCUCAUCUAUUUCAUCGUCGUCCGCCGCAACCCGUUCUCCUACAUCGCCGGGCUGACGCACGCCAUCACCACCGCGCUCAUGAUCUCCUCCAGCUCGGCGACUCUGCCCGUCACCUUCAAGUGCCUGGAGGAGAACAACGGGGUGGACAAGAGGGUGACUCGCUUCGUGCUGCCCGUCGGGGCCACCAUCAACAUGGACGGCACGGCGCUGUACGAGGCCGUGGCGGCCAUCUUCAUCGCGCAGCUGAACGACAUGGAGCUCAACUUCGGGCAGAUCGUCACCAUCAGCGUGACGGCCACCGCUGCGAGUAUCGGUGCGGCCGGAGUGCCCCAGGCCGGCCUCGUCACCAUGGUGAUGGUGCUCACGGCCGUGGGGCUCCCUUCUGAGGACGUGACCCUCAUCAUCGCCGUCGACUGGCUCCUCGAUCGUUUCCGCACGGCGGUGAACGUGCUGGGCGACGCGAUCGGCGCGGGCGUGGUGGCGCACGCGGCGCGGCGCGAGCUCAGCGUGCUCGACCCGCCCUCGCCCUCCGUCUUCCCGCCGCCGUCGCCGCUCUCGCCCGGCGGCAGCAACAGCAACAACAACAGCAACGACGAGGACGGCGGUGGCGGCGGCGGCGGCGGCGGUGGCGGCGGCGGCGGUGGCGGCACUGCCGCCGCUCUGCUGCUCAAGCAGGCGGGUGGAGGUCCGGUUGCCGUGAGCGGCCAGAACUUCACAAACAUGCGCGAGUACAGCAACGGGGGCUUCGUGAGCGACCCGCACGACAGGGCCACGCUGCCCGAGCAGAUGUCGCGCUUGUAGCGGACGGCGCCCCCUGACCCUUCGUUCUGAGAUUUUCAAACCCACGAGUCAAGAGUUUCGGAAAUGCUCGUUUGGAGCGCCUGCGCGCGCACGCACGCGCGCACGCACGCGCGUCUCCCUGCCCGGGCGAGCGUUGGGGCGGCUGUCUUUGGCCGUCCCUUUAUCGGCUGCCCCAAGUCGCGACUGGCAGGGAGAAUUAAAACAAAGCCGACAGCAGCCGCAGCAAACAACAACAAUAACAACAAUCCGGAAGGCCUUGUGUCAAGUCAACAGUUCGGAGGGGGUGUCCCCCUCUUCAAACCCCGGUGUUGGGCGUGCCUGAGCCAACAGUGGGAAUUCCACAUUCCCCACGAUAGGGAUCGAUCUCUCUUGAUAGCAUGACGGCUGUUGACUUGCCACAAAGUGUUUUUCUCAACUCUGUGACCCUGGAGAAAUGAUAGGAUGAGUUGAAUUCUCACAAUAAAAAUUUGGUGAUCGCAAUACAAAUUUAAAUUAAAUAAAAAACCUUUUGUUUCAGGUUUUUUUGCCAAUUCCCAAAAAUGGGCCUUUGUUUGGCUAGUGGGAGGAAACCAGAGGACCCCGUUGUAAUGAAGGGGGGGAGGGGGGAAACACUGAAAACUCCUUACAGCUGGAUUAAAUAAUCCAUCGCUGUGCUCGCAUCUCCUGGCCAACGCACGGCCCAAGCCCGUAACACCUGCUAUUCCCAAGCGGCCUCCUGUGCAGCACUAACCCAGGUCUGACGAGAUCCAUAACGCGGGAGUGCACAGUGAACGGCAAGCCUCCGAUUGUCAGUCAAAAGCGCCCGUCACUGCAUUAUUACCUGCGCAUUUUUAACGAAAAAAUAAUCAACAAAACGUGACUUGAAAUGCAAAAGGGAAGUUGCAUCCUCCCCUUGUUGGAAGACCACUUGGUAGUGGUCGUGCGUAUUGCUAAAAUACAGUGUCAUCAGUGCCAAAAUCAGUGCCAAAAUGAAACUUUUUUUAUUCCUUCAAUUCGCUUAAUAAGAUAUGGCCAUUUGUCAAUUCAACUGCUGGAUAAAAAAAAUAUAUUCUUGUGCAGUGUUGGUCAAUGGUGGUGGGGGGUGGGUGGCGACUUGUUUUGACCGUACUUCACCACGCCGGCCAGUGCAGGCUGCUGAAGGGGGCGGAGUGGGAUCCCCAGGGGCAGUUCGGACCUCGCUGUACCGCCGCUGUUCGCCGCGGUCACCAAUGGGAACGCGAGUCACUGGCUUUGGAGCUCAGCUACCAUCAUCUCGGCAAACCGCUUCGCCACCCGCCCCGCCACCUCUUCCUCCCCACCGUCAAAUCACCGCUGCUGGAUGAUGGCCCUCGCCACGCCUGUGCGGGUCAUAGGGGUUGUUUGACCAUACCUCCCCACGCUGGUCAGUGGGGGUUGGGCAAAGCAACGGACGCCUGUUGGCCGGCAGAGGCUGACUGGCUCAUGACAACUCGAGGUUCACCGCGGGUUGUUUCCUAACGACUCCUUAACCCGCUCGGGGUGUUUCGCUCCAUUGCUACUUGAGUUGUCUUUGUGUUUAGCCUCCAUUCUUCGUGGCCGGAAACAAAAAGAAAAAAUGUGCACGGGAGAUGAGAUGAAGCCCGAUGCGCAAGGCAGCGUGUCGUGAACCGUGCGAUGCCCUUGGCGGCGGUCUUGUGCUACUGGCGCAUGUGCGAUCGCGUCUCCCAUCCUCGCGCAAUCCACCAACCCCGCUGGGGUUAGCGAUGCUCUCGUUAAUCGGAGCCCCGACGCCAGCGCCGCUGAUGUCUCGACGCUCCCUUGCUUAAAAUAAAAGUUAAAAAAAGUUAUCAGUGGACCCGGGUUGCUGGAGCCCAGCCCACAUUAUCAAUGACAACGUGAAAAAUAUAUACAUAAUUACUGUAAAGUGUUGUUUUUGUACGUAGCGUAUGUUAGUCGGGCUUUGUUCGUGGCUACGCGCAUAGUGCGUGGUACAAUGGCUCAUUCAUUUGCAUGUCUAUAGAAACUAAAACCUAUUUUUAUUUUACCAUGUAAGGCCCACUGAGCUAUACGGCUAAAACAUUUUAGAAAAAACCUGGCCACAAAUGAUAGCUAAACGAAAUGGCUUAUCAUGUGGAAAUAUAUAGCAAGCAGUAAAAAUACUCGUUAAACGCAUGUUGACUCUAAAUGCAGAGGGAAACACCGGAGGACCCGGAGAAAAAUCCACGGGGGAAUCGAAAAAUCCACGGGGGAAUCGAAAAAUCCACGGGGGAAUCAAAAAAUCCACGGGGGAAUCGAAAAAUCCACGGGGGAAUCGAAAAAUCUACGGGGGAAUCGAAACCCGCGACCUCCUGUAUACCAGGCGAGGCAGUUAACAUCUCGCCACCGUGGCACCCCAGAGUGGGAGCGUAAAAAAGUUGGACCAAGGAUACCGGGGGCGAAAGUUUUGUGAUGUUACCCAAGGGCCCAUUGCCCGUUUGGGACGUGGAGUUUACUUUAUUUGCAGGGGGGUUUGGUCAGGAACGUUUUAUUUCCCUAUGCAAUCGUCGGGGAGAACAGCGAGCUGUGUCGUCGCAGCGAGCGCCGGUGUCAACAGUCUAGAGCAGGGCUGGGGAACGUCCGGCCCGCGGGCCGUAUGAGACCCGCGAAAUAAGUUGGUGUGGCCCUGCCAAGGCAACCACAGGCGGGACUCGAAAUUCAAUACAUCUAGGAGCAAACCUGAAAAAGCAGUUGCGAGUAGCAGCAACAUCAUCAAUACCAGCUAACAUCACACGCCUCGCCAAAGAGAAGCAGUUCCAGCCAUCGCAUUAGGGGCGAGUUAAUUAAAUGUUUGACCAAAUAUAGCGGGCUAAUUUUCAAGUGGAUAAUUUUGUAUGGCCCGCGAAUGAUGUUCUAAAUAUCCCAAUGACCCUUGGCAGAAAAUAGGCUCCCCACCCCUGGUCUAAAGGGCCCCGCUGCCCAAACCAAGCGUGGGGCGGCGCGCUCACCUCCGGGCGUGACCCCGAGCCGGCGUUGGAAAUUCCAUAUUCCCAUGGCGGGGCCAGUUUUUGGUCGGACGACCACCGUAGAUUUGAAAAAGCGGUUGCCCAUUGUUCAUCGACGUUGGACGGGCGUUGAUUGGCCGAGACGCCAUCCGCACCCUGACGGCGAGCGUGGCGCUCGGACAAUGGCGCAGCGCGACUGGCGAGGUUCUGAGUAUUCUCGCUUCGCUGCCCGGAGUAAGCCGACAGCUGUGCAUGUGCGGUGUAGGAGGCUUCUGAUGUACGUUCGAUGUGAAAGAUUCACUAUGAGUGUAAUUAAAUCGGUUUCACUGAAAACUAAAAAAAACAAGCAAGCCUUGGGCUGUUUUGCGUGCAUGUUAGCGAUGGUUUCCGAUUGGAACAAAAAAAAACAACGGUGAACGAUUUGGCUUAGUGGGCCGGAAGCCGUUUGGAGUUUAUAACGGGCAUGCGACGAUCCAUCGAUCGGUAUCGACGAUCGCGUGCGCGAGACGCUCGUCGAAUCGUGCACGGACGAAUCGAUUAGUUUCGAUUUGCAUUUUUUAAAAAAAGGUAAAGGCGCAGCCCUGCAACUGCUCGCUCGCAUGACUGCUGGCGGAAGGGCCCAAGGAAGGACCCUGCAGGGCGGUGGUUCCCCUGUGGGCCGCAAGGCCCGUGGAAUAGUGGUCUGUGGAACCGGUGCAGAGGAGAUUUCUUUUACUGCAGGUCGGUCCGGGAUUCGUUGUUGUUUUUUGUUGUUGUUCGUUUGAGGGUCGACAGAGUUGGGAACCACUCCGGUGCACGCUCCUAGAGCCUAUGCUGUCCUGCUCUUCCACGACGAUCGGAUGUGUCUCGGAAGGGGCGGUCGAAACCCACACUUUACCCCCCCCCCCCCAGCACGCGUCCUUGCCGAUGGGCUCGCUGCCGUUCAACCCGACGACCCCGCUGGGUCGACAGAGCCGGUGGGGGGGGGGGGGGAUUUAAACAACUCGCCCCCCCCCCGUUGUCAUUGCAACUUCCGUGCCGGGUAGAUGAUGGGAUCGAACCGGCAACCCCUUAAUUUGCAAGUCCGGUCGCGCGGCUGACCGGUAAAGCCCUCUCCCCAAAUCCGACGAGUGUUUUGUACGUGGAAUUGUUUGCGGAAACGCGCAAGCCACUAAGGGGGGAGGGGGGGGGUGUGGCCGGGUCUCGUACGUACCACGGUCGUUCAAACUACGAUCACCCCCCCCCCCUAAACCGAUAGCGAUGUGGAGGAUCGUUGGAGGGGGAGUCGCUCGUUGCGUGUGCCGAGCUCGCGGCGCCGUUCGGCUCGUCGCGCCCCCUUGACGUGAGCUGGGGCACGCUGACCUCCCCCCGCUGACCUCCCCCCUGACCUCCCCCUGACCUCCCCCUGACCCCCCCGUUGACCUCCCCCCUGACCUCCCCCUGACCCCCUGCUGACCUCCCCCUGACCCCCUGCUGACCUCCCUUCUGACCUCCCCCUGUCCUCCCGCUGACCUCCUGCUGACCUCCCGCUGACCUCCCCCGCUGACCUCCCCACUGACCUCCCCCUGACCUCCCCCUGACCUCGACCUGACCUCCCCCUGACCUCCCCGCUGAC